AUGGACAAGACACCAGCUCCCAUCUUCCGCAAGCAGCGACCUCUAAUCCCAUCCUCAUCCAUUGCGCCAUCGUCAUCCCCGGCAUUCGGAACACCAGUCUACCCUCCAAAGCCAUUCAACAUCAACGCUCCCAAAGCCGCGAUCCUCCCUAUUAUCCUACCGCCUGCGACUCUCCGACCACUCGCAUUCCGCACAUUUACAAAGAAACACUCUCUCACGCUCACGUCGUCUGCGUUGCAAGAGCUUGCCUCGUUCAUCGGACGGCAUUGUGGCUCAGGAUGGCGCGAGGAAGGUCUAGCAGAGAGAGUGUUGGAAGAGGUGGCUAGGAGUUGGAAGAAUCGCAAUGGUGGCGUCAUGGUAGAGGGGUCCAGUAAAGAGCUACAUGAUAUCCUCAAGACCCUAGAAGGAAAUAUGAGUGGCGGCAAGAUCAUGGGUCCCGGCAGAGAUCUUCCCAGAGGAGAUAGCAUGCUGGAUAUCAGUGACAGUGAUACGUUGAACACCAGACUUGGUAUAAGACCGACCUCGCUCCCACGGCAAGAUAGUAAUGCUAGCUUUGGCAUGUCAGGAUUAGGGGUGCAGGAGGAGGCAGACGACGACGAGGAAGCCAAUGACGCUCGAGCAUGGCUGAAGGUCAUUGAUGCCUACGACCAGCCACGACUGCUUUACAAUGUUGAUAAGAAACACUUUGAAAGAGAUACGGCCAAGCCCUCGUUAUUACCCCCCGCCUCUCACAAGACCACUGUCUUCCGGAACCGCUAUCACGUCAUUCACCAACGUCUCCUCCGCAACGAAUCAUUUCAAGUCUCGUCCGUCACCUCAUCUCGCAGACGUACUCUUCAGCGCUCGCUUUCCAGUCAACAGUCUCUCAAAAUCACACCAAUCGCCAAUCUGCUUGGUCGACAUGGGAGCAAUCACAUGCUCCUUGGGCAGCUUAACAUUCUGCCGACAGGGGACUUGGCCGUAAGUGACUUGACGGGCACCAUUGCUCUUGACCUCACGCAGGCUGUUGCCAUUCCGGAGGAUUCGGCAUGGUUUUGCCCUGGGAUGAUGGUUCUGGUGGAUGGUGUGUACGAGGAAGAAGAGGAGUCUGUCGGUAAAGGGUUGAGCGGCAGUAGUGGUGUUGGAGGCACUCUUGGCGGCCGCUUUCAAGGUUUCUUUAUUGGACAACCCCCAUGCGAGAAGCGUAAGUCGACUCUCGGCAUUAGCGGUCCCGAUGGCAACGACCAUGAUCAAACAAUUGGAGGAGGCUUCGGCUGGAUUGAUUUCCUCGGCAUUGGCAGCGAACGAGCUGUUGGUUCUAAAAUGCGGAGGCUAGAGAGAAGGUUGCUCCCACCCCCCUUAGACCGGGAUAUGCCUUCCCGAAAUCGAGUGGUGAUAAUUGGCGAAAUCAAUCUCGAUCAGCCCCGAGCCCUCCAAGCCCUCCGCAAGAUCCUCUCCUUAUACGCCGCCGAACCCGAAGGUACCUCGCCUCUGACAUUUGUUCUGGCCGGCAACUUCACACAACACGCCGUCAUGGCCAGGGGCGGCACCGGUGGCAGCAUUGAAUACAAAGAAUACUUCGACGCCCUAGCCUCAACCUUCUCCGACUUCCCAACUCUCCUCCAGUCGUCCACCUUUGUCUUUAUCCCCGGCGACAACGACGGCUGGGUCUCCUCUUUCACAGGUGGUGCUUCCGUCCCAUUACCCCGUAAGCCUGUCCCCGAGAUGUUCACAUCACGCAUCCGCCGAGCUUUUGCUACAGCAAACGCGGAAGCUGGCAAUACGGGUGUUCAGGGAUCUGCUAUAUGGACGAGCAACCCAAGCCGAAUGUCCCUUUUCGGAACGAACCAUGAACUAGUAUUAUUCAGAGACGAUAUCUCCGCCCGAUUAAGGCGCACCUCUGUCACUCUCAAACGUACGGCCGCCGCCGAAACACAGGGCGUCCAAGAAGACGCUUUCCCUGGAACCCAACAAGAUGAUCCAACCACAGUUGCAGCGGAAGACGCAAUGGAAGUCGAUUCCGCAGCCGAAGGAAAGCCCGCCGCCACGACCUCAUCUUCCCUACCUCUCGAUGUCAAGACGGCCCAAAAACUUGUCAAAACCAUCCUCGAUCAAGGGUACCUAUCCCCAUUCCGCCAGUCAACACGGCCCGUACACUGGGAUUACGCAUCCGCGCUACAUUUAUACCCUCUCCCUACUGCAAUGGCGCUCAUCGAUACAACAGCCCCGCCCUUCUGCAUCACAUACGAAGGCUGUCAUGUUAUGAAUCCGGGAAGUAUCCUUGUAUCUGGGCGAAAAGGCGUGGGAAGGUGGGUCGAGUAUGAGAUUGGGCGGCAGGGAAGGGUGAGGGAGUGUACUCUGUAG